GUUUUCUUUUCAAGAACUCGAUGAACGACCACAGAACUCUACUCCAGAGAGGAAUGCAAGAAGAAAAUCGAGCAAGGAAACCGAUCUCCGCUUCGCCUACAAGGUCUCAACUCGUGAUAGCAAACUCAAACGUAGAUCUAACAGGUCCAUCAGAGGUCGCGUUUAACGUUUGUUGCUUAUGCGUCUAUUGUCCUCUUUGCAUUCUCUGGUGCUGCAUCAAACUGCCUUGUGCAAUCGGAUGGCGAGCCAUCCAAAAAGCAGGACGCCACUUAAGCGGAUGCAGCGGCUGUGGCAGAAGCUUGAGCAUGAAGAUUAAGGCUGCAGAUUAUUCGUCAUUUUCGGAUAUUGAUUCAGACGAAGUGAAAUACAAAGCUCAUAGUCGGUUAAAACGAAAUGGCUGAAUUUCCCAAACUUUCUCUCAUACCUUUUUCUCUGAUCUGCUACUUGAUUGUCCUAAACGCGGACGCUAAACGUUGGAGUUGACUUCUUAAUGACGAGUAGAUGAAGACGUUCUGAUUUUCCAACGAUGUAUUUUGCAUAUAUUAUUUGAUAAUUUAGAGUUUGAAGAUGUUGUUGUGGUGGUUUAAAAAGAUGUAUGGAGAUAUUACUUGGUUGUUAUAUAAAAUAAAUUAUAUUAGUUGGUAUGGCUUAAAUUCCUUCUUUUAAA